UCUCCUUUUAAAACAAAGUAAUAUCUCCACAUACGCAAUCAAAUCCACCAUUACGACCACUGCUGACUCUUCUUCUCCCCCAAAAUCUCGCAUUUUGCAGCCCUAAUUCUCCAACUUCCACCAUUCACAAACCCCCUAAUUUCCACUACAAUGAAAUUCUUCAAACGGAUAGCAGGAUUUCUCGGAUUGGGAACUCACGAAGUCAACAAAGACUCUGAAGACGAAAUCGACGAUGCAAACGCACACAAUACUUCCAAUUCUACCGAUGAAAUGCAUCAUUAUGUUGAUCCUAAUCUUCCUCGUAAAGGUUUUAGUGUUUCCGUUCAAGUUCCGGUUGAUAAAACGGUUCAAAUCGGGCCGGUUUUGGUUCCGUGCCCCGCCGGUGACGGUGGCGUUCAGGGUCUGCAAUGGUAUACACGUGGCCUAAAGAUAGACGAAGACGGAGAUGUUGCAGACCAGUUUCUUGAAGAGGUGUUAACUGAAACAGUAGCAGGGGAUGUACCUCAGAACACAUGGUCAAAGUUUGAAGUCAAAUUGAUCACUAAAUCUGCAAAAGCUAGGAACCCGUGUCUAUCCAAAGAAGGAACAGUCCAACACUAUGUCAGAUACCAUGGACAACGGCAGCUGAUUGGAUGAAAAGCUUUUUUUAUCUGGUUGGUUGUUUGAACAUGUAAUUGACUUGUGAUACAAGAUAAUGAACUUUUGUUUCAAGGUGUUUAAAGUUCUGGCAUAUAUUUAUUUGUUUUGCUUU